AUGCCGUCGCGUAUCACGCCUCAGCAGUAUGGCCUGGCCGUGCUUGAACAUGUGCAGACCGGCGCGUAUCCCGAGUCUGAGGAGGUCGUGUCAGCGGAUUUCCCUCCAUCAGCGUUACCCGAAGUUUCGAAGCUCAUAGAGCAAGCACGAGAAGAUGUCAAGGUCAGUAUCAGGAAAGCCAGCCGGGACAGCGCCCCGGAUAUCGAAGGCUGGAUUUCCCAAGCAAAGCAGCUACGUGUCGACAUAGAGAAAUCCCAGGAGAUAGCCCGAGAGAUUGUGGAACAAGCCCGGCAGGCUGAACUUUUGGAGGAGCAGGUCAACGAUGCUACCAGCAAGGUAGCAUUAUUGAAUGGCGAGGUGGCCUUCAACAAGAGCUUGGCGGCGACGUUGGAGGCUCUACAGGCAACAAAAAGGACUUUGGAUCUUGUCCAAAGAGCUAUACUGGCUGGCCAACUACUGUCAGCCGUGGACCUUUCGAGACAGGUGGAAGGGGAACUCGACUCAAUCCCUGUGCCUCAAAGCGCCAGAGUAGCUGGCGUCGUUGGUGCCAAGGCUGCCGAUCUACGAAAUGAUGUGGUUGAGAGGUUGAUAGAGUCUUGGAAGGCAUACAUUUGCGUUGAUUCAAUUAGAUCUUCAAUCAAGAUCUCACGUAGCCUUAAUGACUCUUCUACAGUGGAUAUUCAAACGUUGGUAGCCGCAAUGACCAAGCUACAAGUAUUCGACAACGUACUACUUCCGUUUUGCAGAGACUUCGAAAUGCUUGUAGUAGCACCUCGUCUGCAGGUGGGAGCCGACGGUGAAGUCGGCUUCUUGGAGAUUGACGGUGACGAGGUUAGCGUGUCUGGGCAAUCGUCAGACUUGAGCGCUGAAGCUCUAUUCUUGGACCUCGAUUCAAUUAUUGCUUUCUUGCGCACAAGACUACCGUCUUCCGUGGUUGAACCCCUGGCUCAACAUUUGAUGCCACGUCUGAUCUCAAGGUUGAUCUCAACGUGGCUCGCCUCAGCGGUACCGGAAGACCUGGACGGAAUGGAUGAUUUUCAAGAGACAAUGUCCUUGGUCCAGAAUUUCGGCAACUCUUUGGACUCAUACAAAUGGCCGGGCAAACGUGACUUGGGUGACUGGACUAGGAGCAUACCCAAUGUGUGGCUUCGAAAGCGUCAAGAGACUUCACUCAAGAAGAUCCGAAAUUUGCUUUCCCAUGGGAUUAGAACAAUCGAGACGGUCGAGCGUGUGGAGACGCAAGUGCUCUCACGGCACGACCAAGUUUUCGCAAGCAACAGUGGUGGCGAUGAUUGGAAUGCUGGAUGGUCUGAUGAAGAGUCUGGGUCACCCACCAAAAUGCACGCACCCAGUGUUAGCAACGCAGCAGAAGGUGAGGAUGAAGAGGAUGUCAGCGCUUGGGGGCUUGAUGACGAGAAAGAGAAUGGGACCGGUCAAGGCGACCAAGAAAAUUCUGCUGCUGAUGUUGAUGUUGAUGAUGAAGAUGCAUGGGGAUGGGGGGAUGAGAACGAGGGUGAAGGAAGCAAGAAGGCGCCCCAACCCUCGCAACCCAAUAUCAAAACGACCCAAAGAAACGGACUAGCCAGGGCACCCGAACAGGCUGCACGCGAAGUAACCCUGAAAGAGAGGUACAAUAUUACGUCUCUACCUAAGGAGAUACUAGAAAUGAUUACCCAGAUUGUCUCAGAUGCUGAGAAGCUCGAAACGUCCGAUCUCGCCCACUCGCCCAUCGCCUCUGCCGCUCCAGAUCUGCUCUCUCUACCAGGUCUGUUGUUAGCCAUGUAUCGCGCCAGCGCCUCAGCCAGCUAUGCCACUCACUCGAGCGGCAGCAUGUUCCUCUAUAACGACAGUCUUUGGCUUGCGGAACGCCUUCAGCAGCUCGCUUCUCACCACAUAACGCGGUCAGGAAAGCAUAUCCAAAGUCGAACGGCGCACAACCUCAACCUUGAAGCUCAUGUUCUCGCCCUUGAAAGCUACGGUAAACGUGCGUACGCCAAAGAGAUGGAAUCUCAGCGCACCAUCAUCACCGACCUGCUCGACGGCGCCCAAGGCUUCGUCCACUGCACCGAACAUCCCUUCAAUCAGGAGUGCGACAUUGCCAUAGCUUCCACUGUCGACCGUCUCCGCGGCUUGCACAAGCAAUGGAAAGACGUGCUUUCACACUCGGCUUUACUGCAGAGUCUGGGCUCACUGCUAUCAACCGUCACGAACAAGAUGGUAGUCGACAUCGAGGACAUGUCUGACAUAUCGGAGCCUGAAUCUCAACAACUGGCUGGCUACUGCAAUCGAAUAGCCGCUCUCGAAGCCCUCUUCCUACCGAUCCCCCCGCCACUCACAGAUGCAACAGCUGCGGCUCAACCUCACAGCAACGAGCAAGAUCCUGUUCCGCUGACGGCGCUUUACGCGCCUCACUGGCUCAAGUUCCAGUAUCUGGCUAACAUCUUGGAGAGCCCCCUGGUGGACAUCAAGUAUUUAUGGACGGAGGGGGAACUCGGACUCGAAUUUGACACCGAAGAAUUGGUCGAUCUGGUUGUGGCUUUGUUUGCGGACACCCCGCAUCGGAGGGGCGCAGUGGCCGAGAUCAGAGGUCGAAGGGGAGUGAGGUAG